AUGAUGAAUUUUAAUGAUUUUCAAACUGAAAGAAUAAUCACUUGCAGAGGUGAACUAACAAAACCAGAUACUCAUAAUUUUGCAGAGAAUGACUCUCCAGAGAAUUCUUUGGUAGAAGGUUUUGAUUUAGUUUGGAAGAAACAUUCUCUUCAAAUUUUUUGUGCUGCUAUUAAAUUUAUAGUGAAGUUAAGAAAAGCUGUAGAUCAAUAUCAUCUUAAAUAAAUUACUCAUAGAAUAUAUUAAAUAAUUGGAGACAAAUCAUCUGAUUAUUUAUUCUACUAAUCAAAAGGACUGGUAAAUUAAAAAUGGACUUUUAACUAAUAUAUCAAAAGCUUAUUAAUUUAUAAUUUUUUAGUGGACAUGAACAUUAGAGUAAUCAAACCAGAUAGUAAAGUUAAGCUUUUGGUUGAUUGUACAAUACUAAUUUUAAUAGUGAUGAAUAUAUUUUAUAUUCCUAUGCAAUUAUCAUUCUCAUUAUAAGAGAAUGCAUAAACUGUUGAUUUUUUAUUUAGUACAAUACCAAGUUGGGUAUUUUUAAUGGAAAUAGUGGUGAAUUUCAAUACAGCAUAUUAUUAUAAAGGAAUGAUUCAUGAAGAUCGUUCUAAAAUAUUCUAACAUUACAUAAAGGGUGAUUUUUUCAAAGAUGUUUUAGUAGUAAUUCCUUUUUUAAUAUCUCAAUAUAAUAUUCCAUAUUUAAAUUUUGUUUUAUUGUUGAGAAUGACAAGAGUUAAUAAAAUAUUUGAAUAAAUUGAGGAAGUCACAUUAAUAAGAGAGAAAUUUGCAGCACCAAUUGAUGUUAUGAAAUUAAUGCUUUUUCUAGUAUUUGUGGCUCAUAUGAGUGGUUGCGCUUGGCAUUACAUAGGGAUUCAAGAAUUAUUUUACAAUAAUACUGGAUGGUUGAUAAAAUAUGGUUAUGGUGAAAAAGAUUGGAUAACAAGAUAUGUGGCAUCUUUAUACUUUGGAACCAUUACUUCUUUUACAGUUGGCUUUGGAGACAUAGUUCCAUAAACAUUAAUUGAAUAAAUCUAUCUAAUUAUUAUGGUUUUAAUUACAUCUCUUGUAUUUGGAUAUACAAUUUCAUCAAUUUAAAAUAUUUUUGGAUAAUUGAGAGAAAAGACAGAUUAACAUAGAAAUAAGAUGGCUAAGAUUAAUUCUUAUAUGAAAAAGAACAAAAUAAGUCCAAUGCUUCAAAUGAAGAUUAGAAAAUAUUUUGAAUAUUUCUUCACUUUAGAUGAAAGUCCAGAAUUAUUAAUGGAUAAUCUUAAUGAUGAUUUGAAAUUAGAAUUAAGAACUAGUAUAUUUAUACCUAUUAUGAUAAAAUGUAAAUUAUUUUAAAAAUUUGAUGAAAGUUUAUUGAAUCAACUUUGUACUAUUGUUUAGACCUAGAAAUUCAUUCCUGGACAAAUGAUAUUUUAAGAAAAUGAUUAAAUGAAUAAAGCAUACUUCAUUAUUUAGGGAGAAGUAGAUAUAUAAAUUAAUAAAGUCUCAAUUAAAUAACAAUCAGAAGGAUCUUUGGGAAUUCGAGAGUUUUUUCUUUAAAAACGUAUACAUUAUGCCACUAGAGCAACUUAAUUUACAGAGAUUGCAUAUAUUCGUUAUGAUGUAUUAAAUUAUUAAUUUAUAUUUAGGAUUUCUAUCGUAUCAUACGUGAAAAAUAAUCAAAUCAAGAAUAGUAUUGUUAAAUGAAAGAUGAUUUACUCUAUUCAACUGUUUAAACUUAAUGUGAAAUAUGUUCUCAUUCUCAUCAUUUUAAUAGAUGUCCAGUAGUAUUUUAUAGUCCAUCAACAUCUAAAAUUGCUUGUGAUUAUAGUGAUUCUAUUAUAUAACCUCGUUAUUAAAAUAAAAGAAAAUAAAAGAAAAAAAGAAGAACCUUUGAAAAUUUAUAACAUAUUAUAACUUCAGCAAUUGAUUAUAUGUGUGAUAAUGAAACAUUGAGUGAAGGAAUGAAUGAAUCUAUUUUGAAAAGAUAUGGAUAUAUAGAUUAUUAAACUAAAUAAUAAACUUUAGAAGAUGAUAAAUUAAAAUCACUUAAAGUUAUUCAAAAAUUAUAAUUAAAUAGUAAUAAUAAUGGAGAUACUCCAAGAAUGAAACGAUUUGUUUAUAAGAGUCUUAUUAAAAAAGAAGAAAAAUCUCAAUCUAAAUAUUAAGAAUCAUAAUUAGAAAGUCUUCAUUAAGAAUUUAUUCAAUUUAAAAAAGAGGAUUUAAAUCAAUUUGAUUAACAUGUUGAAUUCUCUCAUUUUCAUAAAGAUAAAAAUAUUAGUAAAGUUCUCACUAAUUUCUAAAAAUAAUAACAUAAUAAACCUAGAGAACAAUUUUAUAGUAAAACUAGAUUAGGAAAGACCAAAAUGACUCAUGCAAUAAAUAUAAUUUAAAAUACACAUCCUAAUUAAAUGAAUAAUUCACAUUUUAAAACCAUAUUUAAUAAUAAAUGAAUAUUGAACAUAUUUUAUUAACGGGUGCAUCUACUGAUAGACGUAAAAAGCAUUUCUCUUUAAUAAAACCAUUCCAUCCUUCUAAUUCAAGAGAUUCACCUGAACCUUCUUUAAUUAUGGGUUUCACAUAACCUUGGAAGGAGAACUCAUUAUAGAUAUUUGUUCACAUUACCAAAUUUAUAAUCAAAUUGAAAUAGGCUGCUGAAUAAUAUAGAUUUAAAUUAAUUACUCAACGUAUACACAAUAUUAUAGGUGACAAUGCUUCAGAUUUUAUGUAUUACUAAAAAAAAGGAUUAGUUAAAGUACCAUAUACAUUUCUUAAUUUUAUAACUUCUAUGAUAGUCAAUAAAAUGCCAUCAUUAGAAUUCAGCGUAAUCAAACCAGAUAGUAAAUUUAAAUUAAUUAUGGAUUUGAUCAUCCUUGUUCUUAUUAUCAUUAAUAUAUUCUACAUCCCUAUGCAAUUAUCAUUUUAAUUAAAUGAGGAUAAUACUGUCAUAGACUUUCUAUUUAGUACAUUACCUAGUUGGGUAUUUAUUAAUUAAUAUUAAGGAUUUUCUUAUUAGAAAUAAUUCUUAAAUUUAAUACAGCCUAUUAUUCAAAAGGCAUGAUUCAUGAUAGCAGAUAGAAAAUAUUCAAACAUUAUGUUUAAGGAGAUUUUGUUUACGAUUUAAUAGUAGUCAUACCCUUUUUAAUAUCAUAAUAUAAGAUACCAUAUAUCAAUUUUAUUUUUUUAUUAAGAAUUACAAGAGUGAAGAAAAUCUUCGAAUAAAUUGAAGAAAUAUCAUUAAUAAGAGAGAAAUUUGCAGCUCCAAUAGAUAUAUGUAAACUUUUGUAUUUCUUAAUUUUGGUUUCCCAUAUGCUUGGUUGUGCUUGGCAUUUUGUAGGUUAAAUAGAAUUUUAGUAAAAUUCAGAAAAUUGCUGGUUAACAAGAUAUGGUUAUGCUGAAAAAGAUUGGGUUAUAAGAUAUAUUGCUUCAUUGUAUUUUGGAACUAUCACAGCAUUCACAAUAGGAUAUGGAGAUAUUGUUCCAUAAAAUUAAUUUGAAUAAAUGUUUGUUAUCUUAACUGUUUUAAUUACAUCAUUAAUAUUUGGAUAUACAAUAUCAGCAAUUUAAUAAAUAUUUGGAUAAUUGAGAGAAAAGACUGAUUAACAUCGUAAUAAUAUGGCAAUUGUAAAUUCAUAUUUAAAAAAGAAUAAAAUUAAUCCAAUUCUUUAAAUGAAAAUUAGAAAAUAUUUUGAAUAUUUCUUUACUCUUGAUGAAACUUAAGAUGUUUUAAUGGAUCAUCUAAAUGAAGAUCUAAAAUUAGAAUUAAAAGCCAGUAUCUAUAUUCCAAAAUUGAAAUAGUGUCAAUUAAUUAAUAGAUUCAAUGAUUCUCUCUUGAUCUAAUUAAGUAGAGUAGUUAAAACAUAAAAAUAUAUCCCUGGAUAAAUUAUAUUUUAAUAAGGAGAUUUCGUACCUAAUGCAAUGUUUCUACUUAGAGGUGAGAUUGAAUCACUUAUUAAUAAAGUGUCUAUUAGAAAAUAAAAACAAGGUUCUUUUGGAAUUAGAGAAUUCUUUUUAAGUAAUACUGUACAUUAUACAACAAAAGCAACUAAAUUUUCUGAAAUUGCUUAUAUAACACAUGAAGAUUUUAUUGAAGUAGUAAAAAGGUAAUCUAGUAAUUAUGAAUAAUAUUGUUUAUUAAGAGAUGAUUUAUAAUUUGAUCUCUGUCCUAUUUAAUGUCAAGUGUGUUUGAGAAGUCAUAACUUAAUGGAUUGUCCUGUUGUAUUUUACAGUCCAAGUAGAGGUAAAAUUGCAUUAGAUAAGGGAUCAAACAUAAAUCAAGUUAGACAUCAUUUACAUGUUAGGAGAAAAAAGAAAUCAAAAAAUAGUUAUUCUAAUAUGGUAUAAAAAAUUGAAUGUGCUCUUGAUUUACAAUUAGAGAAUGGAUUACUGUAAUAAGAUCAAAUUAAUUCUAAUUAUAUUUCAGAACUUGGUCUACAUACUGUAAAUGAUGAUAUUUCUAUGGAUUCUUUAACAAAAAAGAAAUAAAAAAAUAUAGCAGAUUAAUUUAGAAUUUCAAAAAUGAAAUAAUUAGUAAAUUAAGGUCGUCUUUUAAAAUUAGAAAGAAUACCUUAAGUUAUAAGUGACUUGUAUUCAGAAUUUUUGAAAAUUAAGAAAGAAAGUUUGGAUAAUUUUGAUAAAAAUGCAAAUUUAUAAUAUUAUCAUAUAGAUGAAAAUGUCUUAAAUAUUUUGAAGAACUUUACAAAUCGAGAAUAUAGAGUUGUUAAUAGAAGGAUUAGUAGGAUGAAAACCUUUUAUAGAAGAGGAUAAAAAAAUAAAAUAUCAAUAUUGUGA